AUGCGGUUUACUCUGACAACACUCGCGGCAAUUGCUACUCUUUGCAUUGGCCAAACUUAUGCAGCCACAGCAUCAUCAAUCGAUGGUUGCCCUGCCUUGAAGCCUAGAUCAACGGCUGCUACUAGUGUUGCUGAUCUACGUCCUGAUGAUAUCAAAGUGGUUGCCGCUCUUGGUGACAGUAUCAUGGCUGGAUUUGCUGCUGAGGGUAUUCAAGGAACAAACAUUGUCAACAUCAAAAGUCUCUACGAAUAUCGUGGUAUUAGUUAUGGUGGAGGUGGAGAUCCUGGUGCUGACACUGUUCCCAACUACUUUAAGAGAUACAACCCCUCUCUCAAAGGUGCCUCUGUCAAGGAGCAUCUAGUUGAGAUUUGUUAUGGCAUUAUCUGUCCUCCCUUCCAAUACAGACCUUUAAAGGAUGUCCUGAAUGCUGCCCAAAGUGCUGCCAUGGCCGAAAAUCUGGAUAGCCAACUUGACUAUCUUAUCACAGCGAUGAAACUGACCCCAGGUGUCAAUUUUAAAGAUGAUUGGAAGUUUAUCAACUUACAGAUUGGCAGUAAUGAUCAAUGUGCUUCGUGCAUUGACGCUGUCUUCCCCCUAUUAACCCCUGAAAAGUAUGGCCAACAUGUUACUGCAGCCGUUGAGCGUAUCAGAAAGAACAUUCCUCGUGUCAUUGUCAACUUGAUUGGCACAUUCAAUGUAACUGAAGUCUAUACUGUCACUGCCGGCCAAGAUUACUGCAAGCCCUUCCAACACACUGAUUUUGUCAUCAAUCAAGUUGAAUGUCCUUGUGCUAUUGCCAAAGAAUAUCGCCCCAAGAUGAAUGAGGUCUCUGUUGGAUAUACCAAGCAAUUGGCUGCAAUUGCUCAGAAAUUCAAGGCUUUGCAAACAGAUUCAUUCGGUGUCAUCUACUCUCCUGCCAACAUCAAAGUGGAUACCUUCCCUGUUCAGGGCUUGAGCAACAUUGACUGUUUCCACCCUAGCACUCUGGGACAUUCUUAUGUUGCCAAAUCAUUAUGGAACACUUUGUUUGUUCCUUUGUCUCACAAACCAAAAACAAUGACUUGGAACUCUACGCUCGAGUUGUAUUGUCCCAAUGAAGCUGACCGUUUCCAGCUGGAUUAA